GCGGAAGCGGGGUGUUAAGGCGACGUGUGCGCGCGGGCAGCCAUGGCGGGGAGGCUGGAGCCGCACCUGGAGGCGCUGCGGCGGGAGCUGCCCGGCCCCGCCGUGCUCUCCGUCCUCUUGGCGCUGCUCGCCGUCGCCGUCACCCUCUUGAUCUGGAGGUUCGUGCAGGGCAGGAGGAGCAGCCGGAAGGCCGUGCUACUGCUGGGCCUCUGCGACGCGGGGAAGACGCUGCUUUUCGCGCGGCUGUUGACAGGCAAAUACCGUGAUACCCAGACUUCUAUAACCGACAGCUCCGCGGUUUACAGAGUCAGCAGCGACAAGAGUGCCAACGUGACCUUAAUCGACCUUCCAGGCCAUGAGAGUUUGCGGCUGCAAUUCUUGGAGAGGUUCAAGGCAGCAGCCAGAGCCAUUGUGUUUGUGGUGGACAGUGUGGCCUUCCAGCGGGAGGUGAAGGAUGUGGCAGAGUUCCUGUACCAGGUCCUGGUCGAUAGCACCGUGCUCAAAAAUGCACCUGCGCUGCUGAUCGCUUGCAAUAAGCAAGAUGUCACAAUGGCAAAAUCAGCAAAACUUAUUCAACAGCAGCUGGAGAAAGAGCUCAACACCUUACGAGUGACCCGCUCUGCAGCCCCCACCAGUCUGGAUGGCUCAGCCACUGGGGGCCCUGCCCAGCUGGGGAAGAAGGGCAAGGACUUCGACUUCUCCCAGCUCCCCAUGAAGGUGGAAUUUGUGGAGUGCAGUGCUCGGGGCAGCAAGGGAGAGGAGGGAGAUGCUGACUUCGAGGGCCUCGAGAAAUGGCUGGCCAAGAUCGCCUGAAUGGAGAAGGGCAGGGCUGGAGGGAGAGGCUUGGGGAGGCUAGGGGGUGGGACGCUUGGGGACUGGAAAGAAAAGGAUGGUGUGAAGCACUCACAUCUCACCUUGCUGUAGAAUGAAGAAACUUAAACUGGAAAUCAGCAUUUGUGGUAUCUUCCUCUGCUGCUCCUGGGCUUGGAAGCGAGAUGACACAAUUGGUGGUGUGGUUUCCUCUGACUGUCUCUUCACGCCACAAUAUUUUUUUCCUCUCCCCUCUUCCUUUGUCUUCCUCUGGGGUCCUGACCCUCUGGGCUUCUGAGUUUCCUUAAUCUUUAGGCUUUUCAUUUGGUAGCUGCCAAGCAAAUUAGGAAGGAGUGCACUGCCAGGUGAGUUUUAGAGAUUGGAGUCUGUGUGUUGUCUUCUGCCUUGAUUUAGCCUUGCAACCCUGUUGCUUCUUGGAGCUACCGAUCACCUGAUUCGGACUGCUUUCCCUAGCCUCUCGCUGCCUCAGCAAAGUGCGCAGACUCUCUCAGUUUGGCAAUCAUUGAGGAGAGUAUAAAAAUCUGUUUUCCUUUGUGUCUCCUACCUUCCCGUUCUUCCAGACUGGUGCAGUCCCGUUUUUGUGGGACUGGAGCGGUCCAUUAAAUGCCAAAACCAGGCUGGCUGCUCAGCCUUUGUCACUGCGCUACCUGUGUCCAGCUGCGGUGCCCCUGUCUUUGGGUGAUUUCCACCGUUGGACACUUCUUGGGAGUUUUUCUUUAACUCAGGGCGGUGUCCUGAAAGCUUGUUUCGCUCUGCUUCUCCUUCCUGUCCUUCAGGCUCUUCUCCCACAGACGUGUAUGCACGCUCUCCAAGUCCCACAAUUAGAGUAGGGUCUUUGCUUGAAACUAUGAGGCAGGCACGUUUUUAGGUUCAUACCGACAUUACGCACGAGAUCUGGCGCGACAGGCGUUGGCUGUGCAGUCCCCUGCCUGCCUCCUGCUCCAGUGACUGCACUAAGAUCUUUUCUUGUGUGUCAUCAGUCAGCAAUUGAGGCGAAGUGAGAAGGAAGGUCAAGGAGGUGGUGGCACGCUGCUGUGCAAGUGUGGUUCCUCCUCAUGAGGAAGAUACUUGAUGAAGAGGAAAGAAAUGUGAGAUUUUUGCAGUUUGUUCUUGUUUGUCAGUGGUGUUUAAAGCCAAAGUUGCUGCUGUGUGUGAUCUUAACUGUUAAUUUGCAGGGAAGAUUCAGGGGAUGCCUGUGGCCAAAGCUUUUGCAGUGGCUCAGCAGGCUGCUCUGAGGUUUGGAGUGUGGGAGGGCUGUGAUUCAGCAUGCUUCUGAGCUGUCCAAAGGACAUCUGCUCUCUUCCUUCCCAUGCUUAUCCGAAGGGUGAUCUUCCACCAGCAUUGGUGCUGGUUAGGUGGGAGACAAGAUCCUGGUGCUGUACUGGGUGUUCAGCUUCCCCUUCCUGAACAGCCUUAAAACACAGUUGUCCCACCCAGCAGCUUCGUGUAGCUUUGUGCUCUGAUGGGGCGUCAUUUCCGUGCAGCACCCGCAUGAGGACGAUGAGGGUGCUACUGGGAACUGUGAGGUUCUACGGCAUUGAAAUGUUUCCUUUGUUUUUGUUGUGUCCCCCCUUGUUUGGGGGUAGGAGGGAGUGGCUGGCUCCUGGUAGACCUUUUCUUAGACCUUUCCUAUCCUUUGCAGGCCCCUCUCCUCUCUGGUUCAAUGCUUCCUUCACCACUCAGCUGAUCUGUUGUGUUCUUUUCCUUUCUGUCUGGGGCAUCCUCUGCCUCCCUGUAGCACAGCCAACCGUGAGUAGUGUUGGGAAGAGCAAGAACAGUCUUCAGCAAAGAUCUUUGCUCGUAAUGAAGCUGGGCCUUGCCUUAAUAGUCUUGUGGGACCCAGUGGCUCUUCUGCUAUCCAUGCAGGAGGUGGGGAGGGCUAUAUUUACAUUAUAUUAUUGUAUUUCCCGCAGCCAUAGUAUUGUUGGAACAUGUUUGUCAUGCUUUGAAGUCCUUUAGCUGAAGAUCCUUCCUAGGCUGCCUGCUUUGAAUCCGUAAUGCUGAAGUGAGGAUAUUGCUGUUUCUUUGGGUGGUUACUCUGCUUGGAAAGACCCAUCUCUUGAAAAGCGGAGGCCUCUGCUGGGGUAAGGGGGAAGGUGGCGUGAGGCCAUGGUUCGUUUUAAGUUAUUGAAAGUAUUCCUUAAAUAAAUUUUUUUUGCUUAA